AUGAAGCUUCACAAAUCGAAAGGUCACGUCGAGCCUCCUUCUGGGCCUUUCAGCCACCCUUGUAUAUCUGGACGAUCGCUCAUCGCUUGCCAAAACUGCGCGAGUGCCAAAACUGGCUGUGAUAAAAGGUAUCCAUGCUCGAGAUGUCUCGAAAAGAAUCUCUCAUGCAUCACACGAUACGCCCGCCGAGCAUCCAAGGUUGCUAUGCGAGCAGCAGCACAAGCAGCGUCGUCCUUACCAACAAAUAGCCUUCUCACACCGACCGUUGAAAGUAGCUCUGAAAACGUUCUCCUCCAAAGUCCGAUACAGCACCUCCAUGGAGGCCCCGAUCAGUAUGACGACCAUUUCCAAAACGCAUUCAUUAACCCUCUUUCGCCUUUGUCAGGAUACUCUGCCACCGCUACAUCUUUGGGUAGUUCAUCAUACUCAGAUGUAAACGUCUUCGAACUUGGACAAAAUUCACCUACACAUGUCGGAAUUUCCGACUUUCCUACAAAGAUGGAGCUCAUUGACAACGAUAUGUCGAUAGGCCUACCCAACAACUUUCAAUGUUGUCCAGAGAAUACAGAUAGUUGCUCCUGCAAAUUAGCUCCGUUCCCGGGAUUAUUUCCCUUCAAAGAGCCAAAGAAUUAUGGAGGCUUUACCGACAUACCACAAGACGUUGGCAAACAUACAGCCAACUUUCAAGGAGGCUUUUACAAUCCUUUUCUCGAUGCCAGCAGUACCCUCAACCCAAUAUAUUUAUCAGAAAUCCCAGGUCUACAUUUGGCAAGAAUUUGGAUAAGAAGGUUGAAGCGCAAGGGCCUAUUCGACGGCCACGCUCCGAACGUUCAUGUAGAUGAAUCAAUACAAAUACAUCAGCAGUUGCAUCUGGAUGGUCAACAUCUUAGUCAUGAUAGUUUAGCAUAUAGCUGGGCCAUAUUGGAUCAAGAACUAAGCUUGUUCCACGACGUUGAACAGACACUUUCGCUUUCCAAUCUGGCACCACCUCUCCCUGAUCCCAAACUUCCGUGGUAUUCAAGAACAAUUAUCCAAGCUACUUGUUCAUAUUUGAUGGGCGGGACUUACUCAAAUAUCAUCAACCCAGAGGAGUCGCCAAGCUUUGAGUUCCGUCAAACAUUGAAGCAACUGUUCCAAAACUUUAUCCAAGGCACGCUAUCAGAGAGAGUGCCUCCACGGCAUCUUCAGCUUCUCCUCCACCCGCUGCAAGCCUUAGCCUACCACUCUAGAGGCCUGCUUUUGUGUGCAAAGAGCACUCCUUCUGAAGCAUUAGGUAGAAUUGCCACCUCCAGCGUUCUGGAAACGGAGAGACUUCUGCAAUCAUGGUAUAUGCUUGCCACAGAACCUCAUGGCGAGGAGGAUACAUGUUCAAAUGAUAUUAGGCUUGGUCUAAUCCUUUACCAUUUCAUAUCCCUCAACCUAGCAGCCAACCUAGUGGGCAUCGAGCAACUCACCGACCCAGGGACCAGCACCCUCGAUAUUGGCUGCUGGCAGCACUUUCUCCAAAACCAAGAAUGCUUCCGCAGCCACCGAAAUGCCAUAUUCCACUGCGGCCAAGCAUUGCGACACUUACGCGCCGUGGGCGUCGACGUAGCACGCCCUUGGUGGUGGCCAACAGCCAUACAAAGGGCAAUUCUGACGUUAUGGACCGCUUCUCAUCUUGCGCCCAUCAGUUCGUGCCCAACCAUCCCAGAGGCAUCAUCCGUGUUCCCAAUGGAAGAUUUGUGGCAGCAGAGCUCCUCCAUGGACAUGGUACCAGAAACCUCUGAGCUCUGCAUUGUCGCUAUUGAUGGUGCUGCCCCUGAGGAUGUCUGUUUCCGCGACGUCAACUGGAGCGAGAAAUAUAUACCGGUUUUGACACGUUUGGAUGAGGGAGUAGUGGUUCUGACCGACGCGAUGGGCAUUCUGGAAUAUGGAAUCUCGCUCAUCAAUGCGUUCCCUGGCUCUCCGGAAGGGGAGGCAGUAGUUUCGUUGCUCAAGGGCCUUGGGCAAGUUUGGGAAGGCAAGUAA